CCAUCCCACUGUUAAGUUUGUGUGGUUGGUGGCUGAAGUUGUUGCCAUAUUUCGUAGCUGAAUUAAAGUAUAGUUUAUAUAAAAUACAACAAAUGGCCAUGGCUAAUGUUGAUAAGGGCGAACUUAUGGAUCAGGUAAAGCAACAGAUUGCUGUUGCGAAUGCCCAGGAAUUGCUCACACAAAUGACGCAAAAGUGCUUUAAGAAAUGUGUCAACAAGCCGGGAACGUCUCUCGAUAAUUCUGAACAGAAAUGCAUUUCCAUGUGCAUGGACCGGUUUAUGGAUUCGUGGAACCUCAUCUCUCGGACUUAUGGCCAAAGAUUACAGCGCGAACAAUCAAAUUUCUAGAGAACACACAUCGGCUUCUGCAUUUUGGGGCAGAUCGGGACUAACUAUAUCUGCCAGCUAUUGAUUAGUUGUAAUAUAUACAGUUUAAUAAUGCAAUAAAAACAUGCGUUACAUGUGUUACGUGAUUCUGAUAACACAA